AUGGCAGAUUCCACAAUAAUCGACAUUACUAAGAUGAAUGGUUUAGAGUUACGAAAGGAAUUACGAGCACGUGGGUUGCCCUAUACUGGCGAAAAAGCUGAACUCAUAGCAAGACUUCAGGCUGCGACACAACGCGAUGAACAUGCCGAUAUUAACCAGGAUUCAGAUGACUUAGACUCAGAAGGUAUACUAGAUGAUGAAGAUGAGAAAGCGCAUAAUGAUAUUUUGGAAGAUAGUGCAGUCGAUACGCUUAACGAGGAGUUGGCACUCGAAGAAUCCUCACCAGAAAAAACAUCUGUUGAAGCAAAGCCUCAAAAGAAUUUGAAAAGAAAAAUAACAACUGACAUACAAAAGGAACAAUCUAUUGAUAGUAAGGAAAUAGGCCCCAAAAAGAUUGUUUUAAACCGAACUAUUUCCAUGACAUCUUCCACAACUGGUACCCAACCAGCUGAAAAAGAACAGGAAGAAGCUGACAAAAUCUCACCAUUGGAAACUAAUAAAGUUAAGAUUACAAGUAAUCUGGAUUUAAAGACACGCUUAGAAAUGAGAGCUAAACGUUUUGGCCUUCCUGUUCAAGUAUCAGAUGAUAUACGUAAGGAGGCAAGAAAACAGCGAUUUGGGGCCACAAAUAUUUCAAGUAAUGUAUCAAAUGUAACUAUACCUGGUACACUAACAGACAAUCUUGACAAACUUAAAAAGAGGGCAGAGAGGUUUGGCCAAUCAGUAUCAUCACUUAUGACCGACAUUGAAAAACAAGAAAAAUUGGAGAAAAGAAAAGCUAAGUUCGGUACUGUGAAAUAG